CCCGAUCCCGCGUCGAAUCCCCCCCAGCCGUCACUGCCCAACCUGCCAUCCUGCCAACAUGACACUGUCAGAUUGCGACUUCAUGCUCUCUCAUAAUAACACUGCCGGCUAUAGAGCGAUUCCUUGAUCCUCUCUCCUCGCAUCGUGACAUUUCCUCAGCUCUAUUUCCCAUUUCCUAAUUACACAGUGCACCCUCCACCCCGGCCGCAUUGCCGCGAUACCCUGCCACCUGCCAGUAGAUCCCGACCUCACUCGAGUCAACAAGCCCGGUUCCGCCUCGAAACACCUCCAUUCCAGCCCAGCCAUAAGACACCACCGUGGCCCGGGACAUACUCCACCAUGCCUCCCGCCGAGAGGGACUCCUUUAGUAGCAAUGGGGAUCGUCCUUGGUCAAGUCACUCCUCGAGACAUUCACAUUCCCAAUCAUUCUCCUUUGACCACACCCGCGCAUUAGUACCCAUGUGGGACAGCUCAGAUCCCGAGCGGGCUCCUCCUCCGCUGCCCUUGAACCCGCAGUCGCCUGUCACGGCUACUUCCCGCGCAGGCACAUCGUCUGCCAUUCAGUCUGCACAUGCAGCCCUCACAGAAAAGGCACGCGAGAACCAGCUCGUGCCUCAUCCGCUCACAAAACGGACCCCCGACGUCUCUCCCGAGAGGGCAACUGGCAGGGGCGCUGCCCAUCGGCGCAUGCAGUCACUGCAGCCGUCUUCAGUCCGAGACUUGAGCCUGAUGCUCGAGGGCGGUUCUUCGCCGUCGAGAUCACCUGAAAAGAAGGAAGGACCAACGACACCCUCCCGAUCCGGCUCCGAUCCUUUCGACGAACAAAAGACGGACGAGAAAGACCAGAAGCAAAUCAGCCUCACCCCCAUCGGUCAGAGCCUGACACCAGUGCUUAGACCGACUCCAAGGCGUCCUCAGAGCAUCCUCGGCGAGAACACACCACCACAGUCUGCGACUAUGCUGGCGCUCCAGACAAUGUCCACUCCGAAAGACUCUCCCCGGGAGCGGGACGCCGAAAAGCCCCUGUCCAGCCUCACUAAUGGCUCAAACGCCACGGCCAGGUCGCCACAACAGCUUGACACCCUGUCAACCCAGAUCCUGACCUUGACGAAUAUAGCCACAUCGCUGCAGAAGGAGAUGUCGCAGCUGAGCCGACGAAGCAGGGAUAAUGCCACAGACUUGCUGAGUCUGAAGGAGGCUACGCACACCCGCGACGAAGACAUCAGGAAGCAUCUGCGUGACCUGCUUCACAACAUGGAGGAAGUUUCCUCGCGCACGUCAUCCCGGGAUAUGCACGGAGGCCCCCUCUUGCUCGAUAACAAGCCAUAUUCGCUAUCCACAUCCUCAAAAGCCAGUAAUAAUUCCCGUCCGUUCGCCUUACCUCGUAUACCCUCACCAAAUAGCUUUUCAACUUCCCUGGAUCGGGAAAAUCUCAGCACACCGUCACUCUACGGCGGUGACGCAUCUGCCUCGGUUGGCCUCCUUGAAAAAAUUAUCCGUGACAUGGGGACCAAGGAGGGCCAGGAACAGCUCCUCGCUCGGCUGUCCGACCUGGCCGACAAACUCAACGGUUCUGUGGUCGAGAAGAAAGUGGAGGAUCUCCAGCGUCUCAUCAAGAACAACAUGGACCAGUCUAUUGUGCUUGCCCAGCCCGGCGGCAGUGGAGCUGUCAGGGGCAAGGCAGGGCUACCUAGGAACAUGAGCUUCGACGAAGCAUCCGAUCUACACGGUGGCCGGUCCUUGGAGUCCCGUGUGGAUCAGCUUGUUCAGGACAAGGACGGCCGUCGGGUGUCCGCGCCCAUGGCAAGAGCUGCCGCUGAUCUAAUAAGCGAUGAUAUUGUCAAGAUCAUCCGCACCGUCAAGGACAGCGUCGCACAAGGCGGAGGCCUCACCGCCGAGGUUAAGGCUCUUGUUCGGGAGCUUCGCGGCGAGGUUCUCGGCAUGGGAAGAGAGAUAGGCCGCAGGCUCGACGACGUCGGUGAGGCAAGCCAAGCCAAGUCCGCCGCAGCAACAAAGGCCGAGAUCAACAAGGUUGUUGGCGAGGGCCUGCUCGAGAUGAGGCAGCACAUUGAUCAUCUCACCAAGGAGCACCAGCGGCAAUCGCAAGCUGUCGUGGCCGCCAACAAGCCGCCUGCGGUGGACUACCGGGAGAUUUACAAUGCCUUGAGGACGGCACUCAAGGACGCCAAGGCACUGCAGAAGGAUGUCCCCGAGUUGCGUAGGGAGGACGUUGUUGACGCCGUCAGAGACGCAUGGGAAAGGUAUAAGCCGGAGAUAACCGUGGAGCAGGUCGGGCUUGAGCGGGACGAGGUGCUCGCGUGUCUCAAGGAAGGCUUCAUGCAAUACGCACCACGAGACAAUCAGCCCGAAGCAGCGACACGAGAAGAGGUCUUCAAAGCAGUGGUGGAGGGCCUGCAACACUUCUCGCCCCCGCCCAUCGAUGUUCCACCAGCACUCUCCCGCGACGAGAUCGUCGAGGCCGUCCGAGACUGCCUCGAGGAGUUUGAAUUUCCCGUAGCCGCAUCCGCUUUGGGGGCGGAGCUCUCCAAGCAGGACAUGAUCGAUGCCGUUAAGCAAGGCCUCGAGGACCUGGAUCUGCCCGCAAAGGACAAAGGCCCGCUAGUCCCAUUGCAAGGUAAUAAUGAGGAAGUCAUCGGGCGUCUGCAUGAAAUCAUGGAGGCCAUGCACGACGAGUUCAAAGCCGUCUCGCUGGAAGCCAAACAGAAUGUGGCUGCCAAUGGCCGCGACACCGAGCAGGUCCUCGAUGCUACCAAAGACGGGUUCGAGAAGCUGCGAGCCGACAUUGAGGGCUACGUUGACAGAGCCAAUGGUGUCGCCAGCCAGGAGGAGUUCAUGGAGGGACUCUUGAGGAGCCUCGAUGACUUCCGCGACGAGAUCGGUGACAUCGUAUCCAAGCAGGCGGAUGGUUCCAGGGUCCUGAUCAAAGAAGAGAUAGAGGCUCUGCGAGAAUCUGUGAACGGCACGCUGGUGCCCGUGACCCCACAGACCCAACAGGGUGGCCACGAAGAGGUCAUAAAUGCUCUGCAGGAAGGACUCGGCAAUCUCAGGCAAGAAAUCAGCCAGCGUCCGAUCGCCGGAACAAACGAGGUUCUUGACGCUCUACAGGAGGGUCUCAACGACCUCAAAGUCAGCAUUGAGAAAAUUGCCGACAAGCCUGCUGACAUGACCGCCAACGACGAAGUUCUCGACGCUCUCAAGUCCGGUCUCGACAGUGUCAAGUCUGAUAUCGAAGGCCUACGUGAGAACAACAAGGCCUUGGCGCCAAUCAGUGCUGAUGCUAUUGUCCCAGCGGACAUGCUGAAGCACGAUGAUAUCAAGAACCUUGAAGUGCUCAUUUCUCAACUCCGAAUCAAAGUGGAAGCCAUGGAAAGCCCGCCACCUCAGCCCGCCCCUGUACCAGCUGACUCUGGCCCAUCUCUUACAAAAGAAGACCUCGACCUCAUGGUGGAGAUGCUGGAUAGCAUCAAGAUACAAGUUGACGAGUUGGCCAGCAACGCCGCCACGGCUCCAAAAGAAGCAGCGGCUGCCGGCGAUGCUGCAACCAAGGAGGAUAUCGAGGCCGUUGAGACCAUCCUCCGCAACACAAAGGCGCGCCUCGAUGACCUCAUAGAUGGAGAGCAGGCAGUCCGCAAGGAUCAUGUCGAUGCGCUCGAGGUCCUGCUCCUCGAGACAAAAGACGGACUCAGUGGUCUCACAACAAAACUCGAGGAUAUCUCGCAUCGCGAGGAUACCAAGGCUGUGGAGUCACUUGUCACGCAGGUCGUCGGCGCCUUUGAUGAGUUGAAAGAACGUCACGAGAAGCAGCUCGAGGACCCGGAGAAGGUCACCAAGACGGAUACGGAUGCCAUCGAAGCCGUCUGUCUCGACGUGAAAGCCGUUGUCGAGCAGAUGGUCAAGUCAGACAUUGCUGCUCUUCCUUCGAAGGAUGACCUGAAGAGCCUUGAAAAUCUUGUCACAGAGCUCAAAGAUCUUUCAGAUAAGCAGAAUAUAGAGUUAAAGGAGGCCGCAGAAAAGCAUGCCGCGGAGAUGAAGGAAGCGACUGAGAAGCAUGCCACCGAGCUCAAAGAGCUGGCAGACAAGCACGCCGAGACCAACGCGAAACAGUUUGAGGAGCGCCAGGCAGAGACUGUCGGCGUGGCAGACCGUGUAACGGAGGUUAAGACGUUCCUGGAGGAAAUGCAGACCAUGGUCAAGGAGAAGCUUGAAGGGGGUGCCACUGGUGUUGAGGGCCUCGGCAAGUCCCUCGAGACGCUCGGCGAGACGAUAGGCGCAAACGCGAAUGUCCACGCAGAUCUCAAGGAAAUGUUUGAGACGAUGAAGACGGAGUUCGAAGACUCCAAGGCGGGCGUCGUCGGCGCCAAGCUCGAGACGGACGAAAAGCUCGACUCAACCACUGACACCCUCCGGGCCAAGAUUGACGAGCGCAUCGACGAGGUCAUCACCAAGUACGACGAGUUCCAAGCUUCCCUCGAGGAGCGCAACAAGGCCGCAGAAACCCGUGACGAGCACCUCGAGGAGUCUGUAGUCGGCACCAAGGCCGUUGCUGAGGAGCUAAAGUCUCUCAUCGACACCCUAGGGUCGACAGUCACGGACUCCCUUGAGAAAAUGGAAGAGGCAUCGAAGACUGUUUUUACACGUGUUGAAGACAUGUACCUGAAGUCUGACGACAACCACAAUGAAAAUAAGGCGGAGCACACGCAGACUCGCGACCAGGUCAAGGAAGCCUUGGGCGCGUUCGAGGGGCUCAAGGGCGAGGUCAGCGAGUACCAACCCAAGAUUCUCGAGGCCAUCCGGGAUGUUCUCACUAUGGUCGAUCAGCACUUUGAGCACUCGAAAACAUCCGUCAACGAGAUGCAGGAGAAGAUCAGCCAAAAGAUCGAAGAAGCCAAGCCCGAACCACUCAUGCUGCCACCUCCCCCAGAGAAAUACGACGACUCCGGGGUGCACGAGAAGCUAGACAAGCUCGUUGACCACACCGCAACGACCGACAAGUCUCUCGAACAGCUGAGCACUCUCGAAAAGGUGCACAGCGAGGUCGUCAAGACGGCUGCAGAGCUCUCGGCUUUCCUGGCAUCACAAACCCAGCGCAUCGAGGACGACCACGAGGACAUGGAGAAGACGCUACAGGAAACGGUCAAGAACCUCCACGAGACAAAUGUUGCGCUAGAGCGAAGGCUGGCACAGAAGGACCAGGCGGAAGUAACCAUCGUGGACCUCCAGAUGGAAGAGGAUCGUCUACGCGAAAGCAUCGCUGGGUUGAAGGUCGAGCAGGAGAGCCUGGUCAGACAGAAGGUCCGGCUCACCGGCGACGUGUCUUCCCUGGAGACGGCACUUAGGCUGCGCCGGGAGGAGCUCCAUGAAAUGGAGUCCCGCGCCGAGGGUCUUGAGCGGCGCAUCCUAGAGGGCGUGAUGGACCAGAGCAGAAUCCUGCUCAUGGCCAAGUCCAGCAAAAAGGCCCGCGAGACCCACGACAUCAUGAGCCGCAAGCGUGUCACAUCCAAGCAAAAGCCCGCCGAGGACAGCAUCCCUGAGGAGAAGCCGGUGGCGCCCUCGAAGUCAGGCGGCCACCAUCAGGCGGCCUUCAAGACUGCAGUGAACUCAAAGCUCAGCAGCCUCCAGCCGCCAAAGCAGACCCGCCGCAUAUUGUCGCUCAGCCAGCUGAACAAGCAGCCAGGUCUGAAUGCCGCCGCAAUCACAGGUGGCGCUGGAUUCAAGAGGAGUCAGAGCGUCAAGACACUCACUGGCGCAGGGGCGCUGCGGAAGUCCAGCUGGAACGGGCGGACUCAUGCCGGCAAGAAAGGCUAUGGUGACCUCCACGGCGAUGAGGGUGAUAAGGAGAAUGUCAGCAUGGACGUCGUAGCGCUUAGAGAGAGCGAUGAGGAAGGGUUUGACGAGACCCCUGCCAGCGAGCAUCCCGGCGGGGAGCUUGUCCUUGUGGGCAAUGGCGGCGGCGGCGGCGGUGGCAGCGGCGUCGGAGCAUCGGAGCUGAGCGGCAGCACCCUGAGCGACAACUGGAGCGAUCCGGGUACCGAAAGCCUCGUCGACGGUGGUAGCGCCCUGAGUGAGGACUUCAGUGAGGCCGGCACUGGGAGCCUUGUCUCUGGUGGUAGCGAGGCUGACGGCCAGGGUGGCGACCAGAGUGACGCGGAGACAUUACGACGGUCGAGUGUACGCAGUGGCUCAAUCACAGGCUCCGAUUACACGGAUGCACGCACCGAGGAGCAGGACCCUUAUGAUACGUACUCCGACUCGGGUAGCGACUGGACAGAGAGUGCGGUGGGCAGCUCCCUUGUCUCUGGCAGUGCUGUGAGCGGCUCCGAGAGCGAGAAUGGCCUCGGUGCGACAAGCACGGUGGAUGGUGAUGCAUCUUCUGUUGGGGGUCAGGCCGCUCUGUUGGAGGCCUAGGCAAAUUGAUAGGACGCAUGAUUGACGUGGUGUAUGAAGGUUACGGAACAACGAAUGGUUAGAGCCGGGUAGGGAGGCUUUGGACUAGGAUGGGGGGGGGGGAAGCAACAGAUGGGGAACUUGUUAUGGCAGACCGGCCCCUUUGUGCUUGUACGACGUCACGAGUAUUGUCCGAAUUUCGAACAUAAGCUGGGUGUUAGGGUGUUUUGUUUUCCUCUCUGCUCCUUCGAAGACGUCCACAGCGACAGCGCGCCCAUCACCGACUUGGACGGCGAGCGAAGGAGGUACGGUAUGGAUUUUCUUAUCAUUAAUACCCUCUCUUUGCCAUUAGGUAGAUAGACAGUCGGGGGGUUCAAUCAGCUAGCGUUACUCGUGCUGGGUGCUGCCAGAACGCAGGAAUGGCCAUGUGGUUUACUCGUGCGAUGAAUAUGAUGCGAUGGUAGGGCAGGCUGCCUGGUAUAUCAUGGUAUGUCCUCUUGU